GAGCACCGACAAGAGAGAAUAUAACGAGAGCGGCGAUUUAAAGAGUCUUUCCCAAACCUUACAGAAGGAUUUCCUCAUCUCAAGUUUACAUUUGUUUGGAUCUUCCUGCUUGGUUUUUUGGGGAACGAUGAUGUUUACCUCUUUCAACACGGAGUGCGAUUCCUCCCGCUGCAGCACCGCUUCCCCGUCCGGGGACAAUGUGGGAUACUUUCCGUCACCAGCCGGAUCUUACUCCAGCAUGGGAUCCCCCCAGUCUCAGGAUUUCACUGACCUGACAGCAUCAAGUGCCUCCUUCAUCCCCACUGUCACAGCCAUUUCAACAAGCCCGGAUCUGCAGUGGAUGGUCCAGCCUUUGAUCUCCUCAGUGGCCCCCUCUCACAGACCUCACCCCUACAGCCCCAGCCCAGCAUACACCAGACCAGGCAUGAGGUCUGCAUCCAAGGCUCAUAACUCUGCCAAGAGGGGCAGAGCAGAACAGUGUUCACCUGAGGAGGAAGAGAAGAAGAGAGUUCGCAGAGAGAGGAACAAGCAGGCAGCAGCCAAAUGCCGCAACAGGAGGAGAGAGCUUACAGACAGUCUGCAAGCUGAAACUGAUCAGCUGGAGGAUGAGAAGUCCAAUCUGCAGAAUGAUAUUGCUAAUCUGUUGAAGGAGAAGGAAAGGCUUGAGUUCAUUCUGGCUGCCCAUCAGCCCAUCUGCAAAAUCCCCUCAGAGCUGGACAGUGACUUCUCUGUGGUCUCCCUUUCUCCCGCCCACCCCUGCCUGUCCACCGCCGUGUCCUCCCAGUCAGAGACCACCAUCCCUAAGGCAACCGCUAUCGCUUCCAGCCAGCCAACCUACACCUCAACCUCCAAUUCCCUCUUCUCCACUACAAGCUCCGUCCUCUCCACCGCCACCAUCUCCAGCAGCGCCGUCAAGAUGGCAGACCUGGAGUCCUCUGUCCUGGAGGAGUCUCUGGACCUGCUGGCAAAGACGGAGAUGGAGUCAGCGCGGUCAGUCCCAGAGGUCGACCUGUCCAACUCCCUGUACACAACUCAGGACUGGGAGCCCCUUCAUGCCACAGCCAAUAACGGUGACUUUGAGCCCCUGUGCACGCCCGUGGUGACCUGCACACCAGCCUGCACCACCUACACGUCUUCGUUUGUGUUUACCUUCCCAGAGGCUGAGACCUUCCCCACCUGUGGCAUCGCCCACAGGAGAGGAAGCAACAGCAACGACCAGUCCUCCGACUCCCUCAGCUCCCCUACCCUGCUGGCCCUUUAAAGACUCUUCCACAAAAACAAUAAUACUUCCUAUCAAGCACAUUUUCUUGGUGUAUGAGAUAGAUGUGCAGAUCACAGGGCUAUGGAAUGGACUUAAACCAGGAAGCAAAUUAUUUAUGAUUUUAUUCGCCUUUAUCUUAUACUUGCCUAUAACACCGAUGUAGCAGGUUACAAAAAGCAUGUUUCAACUAAUACCACCUAGUCGUAUUAUGAGUUCAUAUAUGAUUUUAUGGUGCUAGAUAACAAAAAACUUUGUUGUAGUGUUGAUGUGUGUUCAGAGCAAUAGUUAUUAUUGAUUCAGUUUGUUUUCUGGUUGAUGGAAUGUGAGAGUAAUUGUGAAACGUUUGUGGAAAAAAAAAAAAAAAAACUUAAAAACUGACGUGCUUUGUCUUAACCAUGAUGGUCUGAGUGGUCUAUCUUAGUAUGAAGUUUUCUGUGAAAACAUACGUGGUUUUAAUUUAUGAAAUUUAUUUUUUUACACAGAGAGUAAAAAAAGAUGAAUGUUGUUUGUAAAAUAUGUAAAUAAAAGAUAGUGAUAUUUAAAUUCAA